UUGUAUACACACAUAGCUUUUUUGUACACCACUUUCCUGGAUUAUUUUGUGUUUUAUUGGGUUUUGGUUUUGGUAUUCCCCCUAGUCCUUCCUUUCUGGUCCUUUUUUGAUGGCUGUGAGUCAGUUGACCAAAGAGCAGUUUGACGAGCUGAAGGAGGCUUUCGACAAGUUCGAUGUGGACCGCAAUGGCAGCAUCUCGCCGAGCGAAAUGCGUCGGGCGAUGCUGUCGUUGGGUCACGAGAUCACCGAAGCGGAACUGUUCGAGCUCAUCGACUCGGUGGCCUCGGACGAGGACUACAACAUCCAUAUGAAUGCCUUCAUCCACCUGAUGGCUCCCCGGAUGAUCGAUGUGGACAGCGAGGAGAGCCUGAGGCGCACCUUCAGGCUGUUCGAUCGCGACAAAGACGGCUAUAUCGGUACCCAGGACAUGCGUUCUACUAUGCAGGUCCUGGGCAUCGUUCUAACCGACGACGAAAUCAAUGACAUCUGCCGGGAGGUGGACGUCGACUGUGAUGGUCGCAUAAAUCUGCGCGACUUUAUAAACUUCAUGUAUAGUGCCGUAUAGUCACUAUAGGGCCGCAAUAAAAAUUGAUAUUGAAAAUUUG